AACCUCUCAAUACUUCUCUCCUUUUUCCUCUUGCAGCUGUUGCCAAAACAAUCCUACAGUCAAUGUCUACUCCCUCUCACUCCCUAAUUUUUCUAUUCCUCUGCCUACCAGCAGUCCUGGUCAGGGCCAAUGUCUAUCGACAUAUCUAUCCAUGCCCGUGCAAGAGUUCUCACGAGAAUGAGACUCGCCUUCGCAUGUACUUGCACCAGUUCCCUGCCUGGCCUAGUGUUCCAAACCGGAAUGAAUAUGGGGUGAUAAACUCGUCAGAACCUAUAGGGUUUGGCCAGAUGUAUGUUCACGACUGGUUCAUCACCACAGGGCCCGGUGCUAACGAAAAUGUUGUUGGACGUCUCCAAGGCUAUCACCUCCAAGCGAGUCAAACGAGCACCACCUGGUACACCGCUCACACCAUGGUGUUCCGUGAUGGCAGUUUUGCUGGGUCCACACUUGAGGUGUCUGGGAUCUUGGACAAACACGAUGGUCGGUGGUCCAUUACGGGUGGGACUGCAGCAUUUGGUAGUGCGCAUGGAACUAUCAAGUUCACGGAGUCCCAAAGUAGUACUGAGAUCAUAAGAGAGCUUGAUAUUCAUGUAUUCCACACUCCUGAGACUGUGGUCUAAGAAUAAACAACGGUCAGAUGGAAUGAUGCCAUCAGCAGAUCAGACGCUGAAUUCCCUAAAUAAGUGUGGAAUCGAAGGACGCGGUGUGGCUUUCUGUUGUUCAAUGUCACUAGUUUGUCUAGUAACUUUCAGUGUUAUCCAUGUUUCUUUUCAGCCGUAGUCUCUGUUUACCGGCACCGUUUAUUUGUGCUCCUCAUGGGAUGUGUGCUCCUCGUUUAUGUCCGAGUUCUAAAUCGAUGUUUCUA